AUGGAGAUCUUAGCAAAGAUAUUAAUCUCCAACAAGAUUGGAAGACUAUUCCUUUUCUCUUCAUUUAUCAUUGUCGCCAUCAUCAUUUCCAUAUCUCCCUCUUCCUCUGCUACUUCCAGUGUUGUUAGUAAUCCUACAGGAACUACACAAGAAGAACAAGAAGCAAAAGCGCUUCUCAAAUGGAAGGACAGCCUUGAUAAUCCAACUGACAAUUCUCUUCUCUCCUCAUGGAAGUUUCUUCCUCCUCAAGGUUCCACUUCAUCGCUUACUAAUUCUUCCUCUGACCUCAAAGGUGGAGUCAGUAGCCACUGCAAGUGGGUUGGGAUCAUUUGUAACAAAUUUGGAAGUGUCACGGAGAUUAACCUUCCAAGUAGUAAUCUGAGAGGUACGCUUCGAAACUUCAUCUUUUCGUCUUUUCCCAACUUACAAAAAUUUGUGCUAUAUAACAAUUCACUUCAUGGAAGUAUACCUUCUCAUAUCAGUAACCUUUCUAGACUCACCUACCUUGACUUGGGUGGCAAUAAUUUCUCCGGAAAUAUUCCAUUCGAAAUAGGCCUUUUAACAAGCCUGCAGAUUCUAUUUGUGGAUGGAAAUCAUUUGAAUGGCUCUAUACCACAUGGAAUAGGCAUGCUGAGGUCUCUCAAGGAGUUUCGUGCUAAAAACAACAGUCUUUCAGGUUCAAUCCCUAACUUCAUUGGAAACCUCAGCAGCUUAACCUUUUUUGAACUUAGUGAAAACAAAUUUUCUGGUUCCAUCCCUCAAGAAUUGGGGAAGCUCAAGUUUCUCACUUACCUUUAUUUGUAUGGAAACAAUCUUACCGGCUCAAUACACCCAUCCACUAUUGGAAACCUGAGCAACUUAAUCACUCUAAAACUUGAUAGAAACAAAAUUUCUGGAUCCAUCCCGCAAGAAGUAGGACAGCUUAAAUCUCUCUCCAAUAUUGAUUUGUCUGUCAAUGAACUCACCGGCACAAUUCCUCAAUCUAUUGGAAACAUGAGCAACUUAACCUCUCUGGCCCUCGACGUCAACAAGCUUUCUGGGGUCAUUCCUUGCACUAUAGGAAACUUGACCAAGCUCAAAAGCUUGCGACUACCUGUUAAUCGAUUGUCUGGCCCCAUCCCUCCAGAAAUUGGAAAUCUUAGAUCCCUCAGAUAUUUAACCUUGUUUAUGAACAAGUUCACAGGUUCUGUUCCAAUAGAACUGAACAAUCUUAUAAAUUUGGAACUUUUCCUAUUGGGCGACAAUAGGUUGUCUGGUUACCUACCAGAAAAUAUUUGUCUCGGCGGGAAGCUUAAAGAGUUUUCUUGCAAUGCGAAUAAUUUCAAAGGUUCAGUUCCAAAAAGCUUGAAAAAUUGCACUACCUUGGUCAGACUUCAGCUUCAAGGAAAUCAACUUACAGGAAAUAUAUCACAAGCUUUUGGAAUAUACCCAAACUUGAAUUAUAGUGACUUGAGUAACAAUAACUUCUAUGGUGAACUUUCUGAAAAAUGGGGACAAUGUUGCAAUCUAACCAUGCUGAACAUCUCCAACAAUAAAAUUUCUGGUAAGCUGCCUACAGAACUUGGGAUAGCUACUCGAUUGCAGGUACUUGACCUCUCCUGCAAUCAUCUGGAAGAAAAUAUUCCAAAAGAAAUUGGGCAACUGAAAUUGUUGUUCAUCAUGAAAUUGAACAAUAAUAGUCUUUCAAGCAAAGUUCCAGAAGAGAUUGGAAUGUUGUCUCAACUCCAACAGCUUGAUCUUUCAGCAAACAAACUAAGUGGCUCCAUUCCCAUAGAGUUGGGGAAGUGUUCAAAUCUAAUGGGCUUGAACUUGAGUAGGAACAGAUUCGGCGGAAAUGUUCCCUCACAAAUUGGAAACUUACGCUUUCUCCAAAAUCUUGAGCUUAGCCAAAAUUUGCUUACAGGACAGUUGCCCUUAGAGCUAGGAUAUCUCCAAACCUUAGAAACACUUUACAUCUCCCACAACAACCUAUCCGGCCCCAUUCCAUCCACAUAUGAAAAGAUGUUGAGCUUGACGUACGUCGAUAUAUCUUUCAAUCAAUUGGAAGGUCCUCUUCCCAGGAGCAAAGCCUUUACUGAGGCAACUUUGCAAAAUAAUAAAGGCUUGUGUGGAAACAACACUAGCCUAAAGGCUUGCCCCAUGUACAAAAAGAAAAGUAGCAAUGAAGUUAUUGUUUUAAUUAUAGUCUCUAUCUCGGGCACUCUAUUUCUAUCAUUAAUCAUUAUUGGCAUGCUUUUUAUUCACCAAAAAAGUGAGAGGAUCACGGAUGAGCCUAGUGAAACGCAAAGUGAAACUUACUUUGUAAUAUGGAACCAUAAUGGAAAAAAAGUGCAUGAUGAAAUAGUUAAAGCAACAGAGAAUUUUAACUCCAAAUUUUGCAUUGGAGUUGGGGGAUAUGGGGGUGCCUACAGAGCAAUGCUAUCAACUGGUCAAGUUGUUGCUGUGAAGAAAUUCCAUGAGAAUAGGGAGAUGGCCAAUCAAGAAGCUUUCACAAGUGAAAUUAGUGCACUGACUAGAGCACGACACCGAAAUAUCAUUAAGCUCCAUGGAUUCUGUUCACAUGCAAGAUACUCAUUUUUGGUGUACGAGUUUAUGGAACAGGGAAGCUUAGCAAACAUACUAAGUGACAAAGUUAAGGCAACAGAGUUGGGAUGGAGAAAGCGAGUUAAUAUUGUGAAAGGUUUGGCCGAUGCCUUAUCCUACAUGCACCAUGAAUGCUCACCUGCUAUGGUUCAUAGAGACAUAUCGAGCAACAAUGUCUUAUUGGAUGCGGAAUAUGAAGCUCACAUAGCUGACUUUGGCACGGCUAGAAUUUUAGUGCCUGAAUCAUCAUCUAACUGGAAUUCAUUUGCAGGCACCUUUGGAUAUUCAGCUCCAGAGCUAGCUUACACAAUCCAAGCAAAUGAGAAGUGUGACGUGUAUAGCUUUGGAGUUGUAGCGUUGGAAGUGAUUAUGGGAAAACAUCCAGGGGAUCUCAUCUUAUCUCUGUCAACUUCAUUAUCAUCAUCAUUAUCAUCAUCAUCAUCAUCACCACCACCAUUACGUCAAAUUCUGCUUAUGGAUGUAUUGGACCAUCGCCUCUCACCUCCAAGAAAUGAAGUAGCAGACAAAGUUGCCUCUGUUGUGAGCCUAGCAUUUGCAUGCCUGCAACAAAGUCCACAGGCUAGGCCAUCAAUGAAGCAAGUAUCUCAGAAACUAUCAACAAUGGGAAGCUUAGCAAACAUUCUUAGCAUUGAAGUUAAGGCAACAGAGUUGGGAUGGAAAAAGCGAGUGCAUAGUGUGAAAGAGCUAGCUUACACAUUCCCAGCAAAUGAGAAGUGCUAUGCAUAUAGCUUUCGAGUUGUAGCAUUAGGAGUGAUGAUAGGAAAACAUCCAGGGGAUCUCAUCUUAUCUCUGCCAUCAUCAUCAUCAUCACCAUCACCACCAUCACCAGUUCAUCAAAUGCUGCACAUAGAUGCACUGGACAACAGCCCCUUACCUCCAAAAAAUGAACUAGCCGACAUAGUUGCCUACAUUUCGAAGCUAGCAUUUUGCUUGCCUGCAGCAAAGUCCAUAGGCUCGGCCAUCAGUUAA